ACUAGUGAAUGCUUAAUAUAGUCGCAAUUGCUCUGGCUGCUUAACAGUUGUGUAUUCUAUUAUUGGAAUUUAGUACGCUGGAAGAGUGGCUGGUGAGCAGCAGCUGGCAAUAAUCGGUCAACAAAUGCGGAAAUUUAUUUACGUACAUGCAGCUAGUGAACAUAUAUGAAGUUACAAAGAAAUUCUGUGAAUAAAAGACUUUCAAUUAUAUUCGAAGUAUGAGAAUGAUUCAUGGCAUCUAAGCGAUAGCGUCUAAUCAUUUAAGCAAAUUGUGUGUGUGAUAAGCUGUUGUAAGAUUUUUUGCUGGAAAAACACAGAAACUAUAAUCUCUUGUGGUUAUUUUAAAGUUAUAUUGGCUGUGAUAAAAUCGUAAAAAAAUAAAAUCAAAAACCGUUGCUGAUGUCGACGCAAAACCGUUUCGUUAUCUUUGAUUGUGAUGGCGGCAGCGAUGAUGCCUGGGCGCUGCUGCUGCUGCUCAAGGCCGCCGCCGAGCAGCAUGUUACACUAUUGGGAGUGACUAUAUGUGGCUGUGGCAAUACUGAUCUGCACAAUGCUGCGCGCAAUAUGUAUCGCAUUUUGAAGGCGUGCAAUCGCACUGAGAUACCGAUUUUUUAUGGCGCUGCCGCGUCGCUUAUACCACCCACCACACCGGUCGAUGAUAAUGCAUAUUUUCAUGGCCGCGACGGUUUCGGCGACAUAUUGCCCCUGGAGAUAGACUACAAAUUGGACGAGGUGGUGCAAAAGGAACACGCUGCAGUGGCUAUAAAUAGAAUUUGCACGGAGCAUCACAAAAAGGUGACCAUAAUCGGUGUGGGCCCCUUGACGAAUAUUGCGCUUUGUUACUCAAUGUACGGCGAUGGCUUCGCGAAUGCCGUUAAGGACAUUUUUAUAAUGGGCGGUAAUCAUCAAGGCGUUGGCAACUGCACCCGCUGUGCCGAAUUCAAUUUUUAUUCAGAUGCUGAAGCAGCACAUGCCGUACUCGCAAGAAGCAAAUGUCCCAUCACAAUACUACCUUGGGAGCCCUGUAUGGAAGAUCGAUUCUUCAUAUGCAUUAAUUGGCGCUUGGACGUGCUUGGCGCCAUGGCUGCCAACACUUGCUCAGCCAUCGAGAUUAUGAACAAAGUAGAGCGCGCCCAAUGGUUGCCGUCGAAUUACAAAGGUUGGAUACCGUGCGAUGCUUUGCUGGUGGCUGCAUUUCUCUUUGAGAACAUGCUCGUGAAGAAGAAAAGCAAUUGGCAUGCGAUGGUGGAUUUGACAGGACACACGCGUGGUCAAAUGAUUUUGGAUCACCUACACGAGGUGGAGAAGUUUCCCAAGAACGUACACAUAAUUGAAUUAUUGGAUGCGGAUGUGUUUAAGAAAAUUGCACAAUGGGCGGUGGGACUUUAUGAUGAAUUCGUAAUUGAGCAUACCAAUGGGAAUGUCGGGCAGUAAGAGUUUGGAAUUUUAAAUAUGUGAAUGCUUUGAGAAGUUCUAUUGCUAUGAGUGGGUUUAAGAAAUUGAAAGCGUCGCUUUAAUAAAUAUGUAUUAAUUUUAUAAAUCCAGAAAAUAUAGAUUUACAUUUAAAAUUUUA